AUGGAUGUUCCGGAACUGAAGGAGGAAAUUUCGAAAAAGAAAGAGGAAAGUGUUUGUAAUGACGCUGAAUCAGUGGCGGAAGGCGAAGUAAAUACUAAAAAGAUACGAGAAGAAUGUUUCGAAAAGAAUUUAAGUCCUAGAAUUGUAGAAGAAGAGUACAAUAAAAUUAAUAUAAUAAAUAUUAAAAAAUUUGAGGAGAAACGUGCAGAAGAUAAAAAGGUGUCUAAAGAGGCGUCUUCUUCAAAAAAGAAGAAAGCUAAUUUCAAAGUGUGGGCGUCAAAACGUUUGAUUUGGAAGCACGAAGAAUUGGAUCCAAAGACCUCUGAAAUGUACGAGGAGGUUUUGAAUGCAAGAAAAGGAAUCUAUAACUUGAAAACUAAAAAUAAACGGCGAUUUACAAGAGAUGGAAAGCUGUUGUGUCUUUCAAUUUAUAAAAGAUCGGCUGCAACAUAUAGAUACUUAGGAACUUUUUUGCCACUUCCGAGUCCAAUGUUAGUGAACAAGCUACUCACCCAGAUUCGUCUUGAUACCGGUGUAACUCAGACCAUGAAAGACCUACUGAAGGAUGCUGCCAGAAGAAUGACUGAUGAGCUUGAUAAAGUCUGCGUUCUCAUGUGGCAUGAAGUUUCUCUGAAAUUGCACUUGCAGUAUUCCGCACGAAAAGCCAAGAUUAUUGAUUUUGAGGAUUGGGGAACAAAUCGAACCAAUAAGUAUGCAGAUCACGCUCUUGUAUUUAUGUUAAGAGGAAUUAAAAAUGGCUGGAAAAUUCCUCUUACAUACAUUUUUUGCGGUGGACAAACAACACACGAACAGUUAGCGUGGUGUAUUAAGGAUGUCGCCAGAGCCGUAACCGCAGCUGGAUUUAAUAUCGCAGCCACAAUAGAUACGGAUAAAGUCAGGGAAGAGAAGAAAAUUUCCCAGUAUUGGACGAUUCUCACCGGUAAUGUCGAAAUUAUUCCUUUAUAUGAUCCACCACAUAUACUAAAAUGUAUAACGAAUAAUCUUCUGACCAAAAAUUUGGAAUUUGAGAUGAAGGCGAAGGCUGCAGAAGAGGAGAGAUGGUUCGCUAACUGGGAUCAUGUCAUCAAAGCAUAUUUGAUCGACUUGUAUUCUCCUCGCAAGAAUCGUAUGGUGCCUGAUCUAAUGGACGAACAUGUCUACCUCGACAAAAUAAAUAAAAUGUGCGUCAAUUUGAUGAUGCAGGUGUUCAGUAAAAAAUUGUCCAAUUUUAUGGAUCUUCUUUCAAGAUCACCAAGAGCCUGGGAUAUGGCAAUUUGUGAAAUAUUAAUGCCUCCAGAAGCUUGGCAAACUGUCUACGUGCUUCAGUACAAAUAA